CGCACGCGCAGGACUGGAGCUGGCGCGGAGGUGCGGGCGGCUGUGGGUGUCUGUCCCCUCUCCUACCCUUCACUGUGCGCGCGCGCGGGGAACCAGUCGCCGAGGCUGCUUCGGUUGCCGCGGUCGGUGGUCGUUAUGGACUCUCCAUGGGACGACUUGGCUCUGGCCUUCUCCCGCACGUCCAUGUUUCCCUUUUUUGACAUCGCGCACUAUCUAGUGUCAGUGAUGGCGGUGAAACGUCAGCCGGGAGCAGCUGCACUGGCAUGGAAGAAUCCUAUUUCAAGCUGGUUUACUGCUAUGCUCCACUGCUUUGGUGGAGGAAUUUUAUCCUGUCUACUGCUUGCAGAGCCUCCACUGAAGUUUCUCGCAAACAACACUAACAUAUUACUGGCAUCUUCAAUCUGGUAUAUUACAUUUUUUUGCCCGUAUGACCUAGUUUCCCAGGGCUAUUCAUAUCUACCUGUUCAACUGCUGGCUUCAGGAAUGAAGGAAGUGACCAGAACUUGGAAAAUAGUAGGUGGAGUCACACAUGCUAAUAGCUAUUACAAAAAUGGCUGGAUAGUCAUGAUAGCUAUUGGAUGGGCCCGAGGUGCAGGUGGUACCAUUAUAACGAAUUUUGAGAGGUUGGUAAAAGGAGAUUGGAAACCAGAAGGUGAUGAAUGGCUGAAGAUGUCAUACCCUUCCAAGGUAACCCUUCUGGGGUCAGUUAUCUUCACAUUCCAGCACACCCAGCAUCUGGCAAUAUCAAAGCAUAAUCUUAUGUUCCUUUAUACCAUCUUUAUUGUGGCCACAAAGCCCAACGAUCUCUCCAGAUUUAAACCUCUUUAGAUUGUCACAAAGCUUCAGUCUCUGAUAGCCAUUACAAGUUUGCGACUGAGUUUGAGUCCCAAAGUUUUCUGGCCUUCGUCUGAGCUGUUGGUUCAAGAUGGCAGACUGAGCACACACAUUCAACCUCUUCCACCUUUAAAAGUGUCAACAGGAAUAAGUGAAUUCAAUGUAAGAAGGUAUGUAAAUAAAUGAGUUUAUUAAAAAGUGAGAAUGAAUGUGACAUAGGAGAAGGUCAGCUGUUUUGAGGAGUUUCUAGAAUAUAGAAGGCAGAAGGUGUAUCAUAUUUAAGCUCAUGCGCAAACCAGACUAGAGAGGGCCAGGGCUCAGUUCUGCCCUAGAGAAAGCAGGAGUGAUGGGGAGCAGGUUUCUGUGGGAAGGAGAAGAGCCUCCCCCACUCCUGGAAGUCCAUGGUGUGGAGAAAUGCAGAAGGAAAGUAGGGGGAAUGGCCAACCUGGGGAUAAGGAGCAAACUGUCUCUAGGAUGGCUGCCUUGAUCAGGUUUUAAAGCCUCUCUCACUACUAAUGAGUGUUCUUUCCAUCUAAAGCUAAAGGGAAAUCAAUAUUUUCUAAAGUAAUUGAGAAAUCUGUAUGCAAGGGGCCAGGCCCAAAAUAUGGAUGGCUGGAGUCCAUAAGAGCAUCUUCUUAAUAUAGGCUCUGGGGUCAGAGGAUGUCAGAGAUGGUGCCACCCGCCUGCUCUGCUUUCUCACACCAGGAAGAGAUGCCUUCUAGUGAACACACUUCCCCUACAGACAGAAAGCCCACAUUCAUUCCUCUUACUAGAGGGGCAAACAUAAACCCAUCUUUCUCCAUUGAUUAACCUACCAAGGGUGUCCAAUCUUUUGGCUUCCCUGGGCCACAUUGGAAGAAGAAUUGUCUUGGGCCACAUAUAAAAGACACUAGCGCUAAUAAUAGCUGAUAAGCUAAAAAAAGAGAUAAUUGAAAAAAAAUAAAAUCUCAUAAUGUUUUAAGAAAGUUGAUGAAUUUGUGUUGGGCCGCAUUCGAAGCCAUCCUGGGCUGCAUGCAGCCUGCAGGCUGUGGGCUGCGGGGGUUAAACAAGCUUGAUCUAGACCAUUCUGCAGAAAUGUGAAUUGAGAGCCAGUGCUCACCAGGCUCGUGAAGAGAGUGAGCAGCAUAAAAUGAGAAUGAACAAACAGAACUGACCCCAGAGAAAGUGGGGACAAUUUAAGGAAAAUAAGGGAACUUUAAAAGGAUUAUGAAGAAUGUGAAUUAUUCAAGAUAAUAUACUCAUAAAAUGAAAAGGGUGUAUUAUGAUAAAGAGGCCACAAGUGAACAGAGAAAAUUCCAUAGAGAUUUAAAAAUAAGAUCCAUGAAUUUAGGCUGCCACAGUGCACAACUCUAAGGGUGCCCUUUGCAUUGUAGUGCUGUAAAUGGAGCAAUCUGGAUGUGCAGUGCACAGCUGGUGUGGUCACAUGUGAUGACCUGAAUGUGGAGGUCAGGGCUUCUGGGUUCAAGUGCAGACUAUGGCAUGACUGGAGAGAUGGCUUGACUUCUCUGGAUCUUAGUUUAUUCUUCAUCUAAAAUACUGUGUGGCCAGGGAUAUAUUCAGUGAGGGCACAGCAUGAGGCCUUUUUCUGUCUUUGGUUCCUUUAGAUGUUAAGAGGUACCCCUCCACUCUCCAGCACUUCCCGAAGGUAGCUCUGCUACUGUCUAGGUCAUUUAAUAUAUGCAUUUAGCCAGUUGCGGUGGCCCAUGUCAACACUUUGGGAGGCUGAGGCGGGUGGUUCACCUCAGGUCAGGAGUUCAAGGCUGGC